ACCUGGACACUGACCACCAGGAACAGAAGGUACAGCCACAAACACAGCAGGAAGAUGGAAGACAAGGCAAGAGAGAACGGAGUAGCAGCCAUGGCCGCCUGCUACCAGAAAUUUGACCCUGCAGCGUAUCUACAAUACAACUACACUCCACCACGGGCUGAUUUUGCAAGAAAAGACAGUAUUGUGCCGUGGAAACUGGCAUGCCUGCACAGAGCUUUCACUGAAGGUGAUGUAAGUGGUGACCUCCUGGUGGAUAUCGGUUCAGGUCCCACCUUGUACCAGGUCCUGAGUGGCUGUGAAGUUUUCAACAAGGUGAUCCUGACAGACUUCCUGGAGGUGAACCGGCAGGAGCUGAGGCAUUGGCUCCAGGACGAGGGAGGAUGUAGUCUGGACUGGACGCCAUAUCUACAGCAUGUCUGCAAGCUGGAGGGACGACGGGCCUCAGCAUGGACAGAGAAAGCUGCUAAGCUACGUCAGGUCAUCGCAGACAUCCUCCCCAUCGACGUGCACUGCUCCCAGCCCCUGGCCCCUGACGCCCUCCCUUCAUCAGGGGCCGACUGCCUGGUGUCCUGCUUCUGCCUGGAGAGCGUCAGCCCCGACCUGGCUGCCUUCACCAGGGCCCUGGGCCACAUCUGGAAGCUCCUGCGGCCUGGUGGCCACCUGCUGCUCAUCGGUGCCCUGGGAGAGAGUUACUAUUUUGGGGGGCCCGGGGUCAGGAUCCCUGUGGUGCCACUGAAUGAGGCCCAGGUCUGUGCUGGUCUGAAGGAGAGCGGCUACACCAUCAUCCGGCUGGAAGUUUAUACUCUGCCCCAGGAUAUGAGGGUGGGCGUUGAUGACGUGACUGGAGUGUUUUUUGCAAAGGCAAGGAAGGAUUAAUAUGUGAAGUGUAAAGAGGGCAGAAGUAUUAAGCAAGAACUACCAGGAUAAAACAUCGUAUGGAUUAAGCUGGGGUAAAUGCAUAGCUUAGCAAUUAAAAAUAAUACAUCUACUUUGAUGCUAAUUAUAACACCCACACACGAUUGUUGUGGGUGAGAGGCUGCAAUGAUUUUAAAAAAUGCCAGCUUGUUUGAGGAAAAUGCUCAAACACAAACAUGCGAAUUAUGUAAUUCACUUUAUUUCCUUUGUCAGUAUAGUUAGAGUAUUAUUCAAAGGUGCAAACAAGACUCCCUUUAGUUGCCAAAGCGCUUAUUAGUGCUAGAAAUGCAAUUACGCAUUGCCUCCUGCAGUUCAAACAAAACUACUACAGCAUUGAGAAGGUAAAUCUUAGUUAUACUGUAUAUAUUUAUACCAUAUACAGUUGUCUAGCUGUGCAUAAACUGUAGUUUGAUGUCUUUUAAUUAGGGCCAUGUCGAUACAGUGUUUUAAAAAAGUUUCUUUUGAGAUAGACAGAACCAUAGGUUGGAGUUUAAUUGAUUAUGUGCGAAUAAAUAAAUAAAUAAAUAAUCCAUCUACCUGUAUCACUGCAGUUCCAUUGGUUAAUCUUCAUACCGGUAUAGUAUGUCAACAUUUUAAAUAUUGGUUUAGGUGAUCAUAUUAGACAUAAAUCUCAGAAUGUAAUUGUGUAAUUAGAAGCACUGAACACUGGGUGUCACCAUUGACCACUAUGGAUCUUUAUUAAUAUAUAUGUGUUUUUUAAAUUGUGAUUUAAUGUAGUUUAGUACUACAAACCAGAUACACUUAAAGAAGGAAUCACAAUAGAUGAAGAAAAAUAAAAACCGAAGAGAAACUAAAAAACAUGAAAAAGAGAGUCAAAUUAAGUUCUUCUCUUGUGUCAUGACUGAGCAAAUCUGGUCACAGUCUUCAUAAACUGGUUUUAUUUGCAUUUUGAUGAUCUUCUGACUUCUUGUAACAGUGGUAAAAAAAAAAACAAAAACAAAAAAGCAAAAACAACACACAAAUAGUCUACAAGAUGAAUAAAAGUGGCAACAAUGGUUCAGGAUUCUCAUUUAGUAAAAUUUGCUGCUGUUAUUUGCUGUAUUUAAUUGUAUACAAUACACAUGACCAAAUUAUAAGUCGACUCGUGUCUGGAAUACCUAAUAAAGCCUUUUCUCUUUCUUAA